AUGCCGCCUCCCCAUCCUCUCCGCCGCGUCUCGACUGGCUCCCUUUCCGCCCUCGCCCGCUCGCAAGAUCGCGCCCCGCAUCUCUCCCCAUCGGGACUCGAUUUCCUCGCGCCCGCCUUGACCGAGCUGGCCGACGAGGCCGCUACGCUCGCCGCGAACACGCAGAAGCUGAAUGAGCUGCAUGAUGCGCUGGGGACUUUCAAUGAAGCGUUUGCUGGGUGGUUGUAUGCGCUCAAGAUGAACGCUUUUUGCGUGGAGUGGCCGGAGGCUCCCGAUGCCAACUCAUUCACCCGAAUGGCUCACCUCGACACUCUCCUCCAGCAACAACAACAGCAGACGUCCGCUUUACUCGCUCAACAUCCCAAUCCCUCCGUCUCUGUCGAUAGCCAGCAAUCAUCCCAUUCGAUACUGGAGCAGCAACAACAACAACACGAAGCGGAUAUGACAUACGCUACUGCGUCAUCAUUCGACGAUCCGCCGCCUAAGGCGCCUCCGAAAUCCGCCAUGAAGAAGCCGUCGGGGAUGGGCGUGGGGACGGUGAAGAAGGCUACGGCAGGGACGGCGGCGAUGCGCAAGAAGAGGGAGCUGGAGAUUGCGGGAUAUAUCGAGACGCUGCCCUUGGAGUAUAGAGGGAGGGAACCCGCCAUGCGUCUCGGUAUGGAGAAGGUGAUAGGCGCUCUGAUGGCUAAUCCUGCUGGACUACCAAUGAAAGACAUCAUCAGCCCGCCUGAACUACCACAGACCAAAGCAAAUAAGCACCUCAUCGCCCUGGUCGCCAAAAAGCUCGUCCAAAAGGUGGUUGCGAAUGGCCAAACAGUGUAUAGAUGGAUAGGAGCCUGA